AUGAAUGACCCCUUCCAAGAUCUCAUUGACAUUACCAUGGGCAUCUAUUUGCACAACAUCUUGAUCUUCUUGGAAAAAAUGGAAGAACACCCAGAACAUCUAUCAAAAUAUCACUUCCAGGUCACUACGGUGGACUAUCUUGGUAUUGUCAUCUCCCCAGCCAGACUCUCAACAGAUGAGAAGAAGAUAGAAGCAGUAACCACCUGGCCCAUGCCCAGAACAGUCAAACAAGUCCAGGCCUUUGUAGGCUCUGUGGCAUGCCCCCUCCAUAAUCUCACAAAAAAGGAAAUCCCUUGGUCAUGGGGAAAUCUGGAAGAGGAAGCAUUUCAGGAAUUGAAAUGCCUGGUCACCAAGUCACCAGUACUAAUCCACUCCAAUUCCAAUCUACCCUACCACUUAGAGACAGACACCUCAGGGGUAGCCAUGGGAGCCAUCUUUAGUCAAAGAGGGACAGACAACCAAUUACACCCAGUAGCACACAUGUCAAAAUCCUUCUCAGGUGUACAAUUGGUGUCUAUCCAAUUCUUGCCAUCAACUGUGGCAUAA